AUGGCAUGGUACUCGAUCCUCCCAACCCAAUUGACCUUCCUCGAAACCUGGAUUAUCCGAGGUUUCCUUCUUCUCGCCCUGAUCAAUAUCCUCCCAUGGAUCCUGGCGCUCGUGUACGAUUUCCUGCUGUAUUUGGGCCGGGUGGUCCGGCAUGAGGUCCCGUUCUUCGGUGGGCGUGCACGAGGGGAGAAUAGGCCUCGGGCGCCGAGUCUCAGGGCAAGUACUGCGAAGGGACGGCGAUUGAGCUUUGUGGACAUUGUUACGGGCACGACGAGGCAGCAGGACACCGGGACGGAGUCGAGGCAAAGGGCCGGUCAAGGUCAUGGGCAUCAGAAGAGUUUGAGUCGGGAUAGUAUUGCUGAGGAGUGGGAGGGGGAAGGGAAAGAGGAGGAAGAAGAAGAAGAAGAAGAAGAAGAGAAGGGUAAAUGA